UUCUAUGUGGGAGGCGUAUUAUUCUCUUACCUGUUUGAUAUGGAAAUGAUUACGUACAACGAUUUAUGAUGGUUAAUUCUUGCUGAUGUUAAAGAAAACACAACACCAUGACAGCAACGGUGAAGAAAGACUUCGAAUUUGUAUUCAGCAGUAAGGAGCAGAAGUCCAAAUUGACCAUUCCUGUCCUAAUACCUUUGAGUCAGAUUAGCAUUAGGGAGUUUGUGGCGCGACUCGUUACUGCACAUGACUUACCGUGCUAUGUUGAAGAAGAUUUACUGAAGCAGUUACAAGCAUUUGUAACAAAGGAGUCCAACAGAUUAUAUGAUGAGCAUGCUGAAGAGGUUAUGACCAAAGUGAGGAAGGAUCCUAAACAGGUUGAUGACUUGGUAGUAAAAUGGACCAAGGCUUAUACACAGGAAGUCAAGACUUUUGCGAAAUCUGAUGAAGUGAGCCAGGAGCAGCGGUUCUCUGAGGUUUACCACAACUUGAUUCAUUCCCCAGCCUUGGACACCCUUCUUAAUCUAGAGCAUACCUACUCCCUAACUGUGGAAGACCUGAUACAUCAGAGGGACAAGGACCUGGAGCAUCUUGAGGAAAGACAGAGAAAAAACAUGGAGCAAGCACUGAAGGAAGUAGGAAAGUCUUAUACUGAUGAGCAAAUCAGCAGCCUAGCUCAGAGACAUUUUGAUAAUGCUCAGUUGAUAGAAAACAAAUGGACAAGUGAACUCAACAAUCUGAAAGAAAUCCAGAAGCGUGAAUUUCGAGAGUGGGUCAUCAAGGUACAUGAAGACACACAGAGUCCAGCUAAAUCCCCAUCUUACCUAGGACGAGUCAGGGCAAUGAGUAACACUCUGCCUGAGGCUGAGGAGGAGGAAAGGACGUCAGCCACAAGUCGACUAGAGGAAAGCUUUACUGUACAUCUAGGUGCACAGAUGAAAACUACCCAUAACCUCCGUCUUUUAUGUACAGAUGUGCUGGAUCUUUGUCGACAUAAAACACACACAGUUGGUGGCCUGGUAAUACCUCAACCCCAGAGACUACAAACAGCCAUGUCACUAUACUCCAAUAACUUGUGUGGUCUCAUCCUCAUGGUGGACAAUCGUCUCAACUCCUACACUGGCAUAAAAAGAGAUUUUGCCAAAGUCUGUGAGCAGUCAACAGAUUUCCAUUUUCCUAGUCUGGACCAACAGUUUAGUAAUGUUGAUAAAGAGAUAGCAAAAUUCAACGAACUUAAAGCCCAGAAGAAAGUAUCGGAAGACAGUGAUAAAAUCAGCAUUAAAAGUAGUAGUAGCAGUUCUAGUGGAGAUAAUCAGCUGCAGGACAAAGGGAAUCGCAUCCAGGUCGGAGAUUUUUACAUCACGAAACAUUCCAAUUUAUCAGAAGUACAUACAGUGUUUCAUCUUGUCAUUGAUGACAGUAUUCGGUCCAUUGACAUCUCAUCGCGACACCCAGUCAUCCUCAGCAUCCGUAACAUCAUCAAGCUUUGUUUCCGUUCUGAUAUCACCACUCUUACUAUCCCACUUCUGCUAAGUCACGAGAUGUCAGAGGAAAUGACUAUACAGUGGUGUCAGAGACGAGCCGAACUGAUGUUCAAAUGUGUCAAGGGAUUCAUGAUGGAAAUGGUUACAUAUGGUGGUCAGAAUUCUCGCACCAUCCAGUUCCUUGUUCCUCGUGGAUUGUCUGAGGAAAUGUUUGCCAGCAUUAGUAAUCUUCUUACUACCAUCUUUAGAUUGUCUAAUCCAGUAGUUGUCAAGUCUAGUCAAGGAUCACAUGUAGGCCGAUGAUAUUGAAAGAUCCAAGUAAUGAUGAGCUGUAGUCACAGAUCACAUGUUAACCGCUGACAUCAAGAGAUCUUCAUUUUGUUGUUGCAGUCAAGCAUCAAGUCUGGUGAUAUCGUGAGAUCCUAGUUAUGAUGAACUGUAGUCAAGCAUCACAUGUUGGCUGGUGAUAUCGUGAGAUCCUAGUUAUGAUGAACUGUAGUCAAGCAUCACAUGUUGGCUGGUGAUAUCGUGAUAUCCUAGACAUGAUGAACUGUAGUCAAGCAUCACAUGUUGGCUGAUGAUAUCAUGAGAUCCUAGUUAUGAUGAACUGUAGUCAAGCAUCACAUGUUGGCUGGUGAUAUCGUGAGAUCCUAGUUAUGAUGAACUGUAGUCAAGCAUCACAUGUUGGCUGGUGAUAUCGUGAGAUCCUAGUUAUGAUGAACUGUAGUCAAGCAUCACAUGUUGGCUGGUGAUAUCGUGAGAUCCUAGUUAUGAUGAACUGUAGUCAAGGAUCACAUGUUGGCUGGUGAUAUCGUGAGAUCCUAGUUAUGAUGAACUGUAGUCAAGGAUCACAUGUUGG